AUGUUGUUAUUCCAGAACAGCACCGGCCUCCAGAGCCUGCUGGUCUCCCUGCUGGAAUACCUGAACAGGACCUCAGUCAUGUCUCCUCCAUCCUCCCUCUCCUCCAUCUCCUCUGCCCACCCGGCGCCUCUGGCCUCCCCGCUCACCCAAAGUCAUCAUCUCAAAGGUCAGGGUCAAGGUCAAGGUCAAGGCCAAGGUCAAGGUCAGGGUGAAGGUCAGGGCAUGAUCUACAUCUUCCUGGUGGUGGGCAUGUUCAGCUUCUUCACCUUCGGCAUCAUGAUGAGCUACAUCCGCUCCAAGAAGCUGGAGAGCUCGCACGACCCCUACCACCAGUACAUCGCCCACGACUGGGGCAGGAAGGAGACGCUGAUCAUCGCCAACCCAGCUGCUAAUGCUGCAGCUGCUGCUAAUGCUACUGCUGCUAAUGCUACUAUGGGCCGUCUUCCAGGCUGA